CGGCAGCUUCUCGGCGGCGGCGCCUUCCCUGCGCGGCGGCCGCUCCGCCGGCGCUGGGUCCUCCCGCCUCGGCCAUUUUCCCUCCCGCCUCCCUCGGCUCCUCAUCCCGCGCCCUGCCCCCGCGCGGGGACUUUUCCGGAAAGUUUUUAUUUUCCGUCUCGGCUCUCGGAGAAACAAGCUCCCGGUGCGGCGGCGGCCGCAAAACUUUCCGGCUGCCGCGCCGCCGGCCCGCGCCCUCGGCCGCCCGGCCCGCGGCCGCGGCGCGCCCGCCGAGCGAUGAGCCGCCCUCCGGCGCUGCGGCCGCCCAGCCCGCUGCUGCCCGCGGCCGGCGCGGCGGCGGCUGCCGCCGCGCUGGUCCCGGGGUCGGGGCCCGGGCCCACGCCGUUCCUGGCUCCCGUCGCGGCCCCGGCCGGGGGCGUCUCGUUCCAUCUGCAGAUCGGCCUGAGCCGCGAGCCCGUGCUGCUGCUGCAGGACUCGUCCGGGGACUACAGCCUGGCGCACGUCCGCGAGAUGGCUUGCUCCAUCGUCGACCAGAAGUUCCCUGAAUGUGGUUUCUAUGGAAUGUAUGAUAAGAUUCUGCUUUUUCGCCAUGAUCCUACCUCCGAAAACAUCCUUCAGCUAGUGAAAACGGCCAGUGAUAUCCAGGAAGGUGAUCUUAUUGAAGUGGUAUUGUCAGCGUCCGCCACCUUUGAAGACUUUCAGAUUCGUCCGCACGCUCUCUUUGUUCAUUCCUACAGAGCUCCAGCGUUCUGUGAUCACUGUGGAGAAAUGCUGUGGGGCCUGGUGCGUCAGGGCCUUAAAUGUGAAGGAUGUGGUCUGAAUUACCAUAAGAGAUGUGCAUUUAAAAUCCCCAACAAUUGCAGUGGCGUGAGGCGGCGAAGGCUCUCCAAUGUUUCCCUCACUGGACUCAGCACCGUCCGCACAUCAUCUGCUGAGCUCUCCACCAGUGCCCCUGACGAGCCCCUUCUGUCUCCUGUGAGUCCUGGCUUUGAGCAAAAGUCACCAUCUGAGUCAUUCAUUGGUCGAGAGAAGAGGUCAAAUUCUCAGUCAUACAUUGGGCGACCAAUUCAGCUGGACAAGAUUUUGAUGUCUAAAGUGAAAGUACCGCACACAUUCGUCAUCCACUCCUACACGCGGCCCACGGUGUGCCAGUACUGCAAGAAGCUUCUCAAGGGGCUUUUCAGGCAGGGCUUGCAGUGCAAAGAUUGCAGAUUCAACUGUCAUAAACGUUGUGCACCAAAAGUCCCAAACAACUGCCUCGGCGAAGUGACCAUUAAUGGAGACUUGCUUAGCCCUGGAGCAGAGUCUGAUGUGGUCAUGGAAGAAGGGAGUGAUGACAAUGACAGUGAAAGAAACAGUGGGCUCAUGGAUGACAUGGAAGAGGCAAUGGUCCAAGAUGCUGAGAUGGCGAUGGCAGAAUGCCAGAAUGACAGUGGAGAAAUGCAGGAUCCAGACCCCGACCACGAGGACUCCAAUAGGACCAUCAGUCCAUCGACAAGCAACAAUAUUCCACUCAUGAGGGUAGUGCAGUCUGUCAAACACACGAAGAGGAAAAGCAGCACAGUCAUGAAAGAAGGAUGGAUGGUCCACUACACCAGCAAGGAUGCUCUGCGGAAACGACACUAUUGGAGAUUGGAUAGCAAGUGCAUUACCCUCUUCCAAAAUGACACAGGAAGCAGGUACUACAAGGAAAUUCCUUUAUCAGAAAUUUUAUCUCUGGAACCAGCAAAAACUUCAGCUUUAAUUCCUAAUGGGGCCAAUCCUCAUUGUUUUGAAAUCACUACAGCGAAUGUAGUGUAUUAUGUGGGAGAGAAUGUGGUCAAUCCGUCCAGCCCACCACCAAAUAACAGUGUCCUCACCAGUGGCGUUGGUGCAGAUGUGGCCAGGAUGUGGGAGAUGGCCAUCCAGCAUGCCCUGAUGCCCGUCAUUCCCAAGGGCUCGUCCGUGGGUUCAGGAACGAGCUUGCACAGAGAUAUUUCAGUGAGUAUUUCAGUAUCAAAUUGCCAGAUUCAAGAAAAUGUGGACAUCAGCACAGUAUAUCAGAUUUUUCCUGAUGAAGUACUGGGUUCUGGACAGUUUGGAAUUGUUUAUGGAGGAAAACAUCGUAAAACCGGAAGAGAUGUAGCUAUUAAAAUCAUUGACAAAUUAAGAUUUCCAACAAAACAAGAAAGCCAGCUUCGUAACGAGGUUGCCAUUCUACAGAACCUUCAUCACCCUGGUGUUGUAAAUUUGGAGUGUAUGUUUGAGACGCCUGAAAGAGUGUUUGUUGUUAUGGAAAAACUCCAUGGAGACAUGCUGGAGAUGAUCUUGUCAAGUGAAAAGGGCAGGUUGCCAGAGCACAUAACGAAGUUUUUAAUUACUCAGAUACUUGUGGCUUUGCGGCAUCUUCAUUUUAAAAAUAUCGUUCACUGUGACCUCAAACCAGAAAACGUGUUGCUAGCAUCAGCUGAUCCUUUUCCCCAGGUAAAACUUUGUGAUUUUGGUUUUGCCCGGAUCAUUGGAGAGAAGUCUUUCCGGAGGUCAGUGGUGGGCACCCCUGCUUACCUGGCUCCCGAGGUUCUAAGGAACAAGGGCUAUAAUCGCUCUCUAGACAUGUGGUCUGUUGGGGUCAUCAUCUAUGUCAGCCUAAGUGGCACGUUCCCAUUUAAUGAAGAUGAAGACAUACACGACCAAAUCCAGAAUGCAGCUUUCAUGUAUCCACCAAAUCCCUGGAAGGAAAUCUCUCAUGAAGAAAAGAAGUAGUCUUCAAAGAAAUAGCAGGAGCUGAUGGAAGAGAGAAAAUGACUCAUAUGAUGCUCAGAAAAGAGUUAGUUCUUCAGUGAAUAUACUUUGGAGUUUAUCGAAUUCUCAUAAAAGUCCCGUAAGAUAGGUUUUACUAUUAUAAUUAUAUUUCAAAUGACAAAACCCAAACAUAAGUGACACCACCAGUCAAAAUCACAAAACUAGUAAGUGGCAGGGCCAGAAUCCAUGCUCAGUCUGAGCGUACAUCCUUUUACCACUAGUCCUACUUCUUUUCUAGUUUACAGGCAAUGUCUAAUUCUGAAUUCAUUCUGUUUGUUCAUAUUUUCACCACUUAAAAAGGCUAAUCCAUUUGUAGAUAAACAUCUCUUAUUUGACACCUGUUAUUGCUGUUUGUAUUAAAUGGCAAGAGCUAUGCAUUAUCAGACAUGUAAGUUACCAUUAGCAACAUCAUUUAACAUCCUCUAAUUAGUUGUAAAUCAUAGCUAGAUGGAUAUAUCUUAAAGGAAUCUAUGGCCUAUUAAAGAACUAUCAGGUAUGCCAAAGGAAUAAUUAAAUAUUUAUGAUAUUUCCACAAAGACAAAAAAUAAGGUGUAAUUAUGUUUCUUUUCCAGGAGACAGAAAAGAGAGAAUUUUCAAAUAGCCUUGGGACCAGUACCACUGUUAGGAAGCAUUACCUCUAAAGAGUUAACUAUUAUGACUGAUAUUUCUUAUCCAGAAAUUCAGUAAAAUAACUUGAUUCUGGUUAGUAGACCACAAAUCUGGAUUAUCACUGAAGCGAAUCAGACACUUUCUUGUUAUACAGGAAUAGGGCAUUGGGGAAAUAAUAUUAGUGCUUUAAAUUUUGGGGGGACAGGGAAGGGAGAGUAGUGGAACAAAUGAUGCCCUCUAUGUUAUCAGGGAAAUUUGCUCAGCUAUGUGGCUUUAACCUAUUUAGGCCAGAAAUAAACAGCUAUAGAACCUUUAGUUAUUACUGGUAACAAAGACCAGAAGCAUAGAUAUCAAAGGCUCAUGAAAUAGUUAUUGAGGAAUCACAAAACAUACACAUCAUAGGUAAUAUGAAAGUAGAGGACAGAACGUAAUAUGCUUCAAGGAACUUGACAGCUAGUUGGGGAGAUGAGUUAUAUGAAUUUGGAAAAAUAAUAAUUUAUCUCCUUGAAUUUUUAGCUAGGUAUAAAAUCAGGGUCUCCAAGUUCAGGAGAGGGUAAUGGACUUGACUAGUCAGAAUUUUAUUUUUGGUAGAGACAGAACAUAGGCCAGUCACUGAAAAAUGGGAAGGAAGAGCAAUGGCAUUUCAGCAAGAAGGAAUUUUUCACAGGAUAAUUCAAAAGACAUUUAUAUUCGAAUAGGAAUUAUGCAUUUUACUUGGCUAUAGAAAUGCGUAAGCACUAAAAAUUUUCUACCACUCAGACAAAAUAGUGGAAGCUCAGGUGGAAGAUAUAACCCUCACUUUUUCAAAUAACUAAGUAUCAGUUUGGGAAUUAACUGGCUUCUCUCCUAGUACCUCCUUCUGGCAUGUCCUUGCCUUUAAGGCACAGGAAUUAUAGUGUUUGCUAGCUGAAGCUCUGGAUGGCAAAUGAGUUUUCUAACUGCUGGUAUAUGAACAGAACUUAUGCUUGAAUAUAGAAAAAAGUUCUAGUAUGUCAUAAUGUCAGCUGAGGUGUUACAAAAGCAGUUACUGGCCGAGGUUCUAUCCCAUUAUCUUGCUGAGAACAAAGAAUUCCCUCAUUAGAAGUUAUAAUGGAAUUGUUGCCAAAUAAUUUUAAGCAUAUAGGAUAUGACAAACACACAAGGAAAACUAGUAUCUGGCAAAAGAUCACAACCAGUAUUAGAUCAGUUUUUAGUCUCAAGAUGCUUUAUAUGCUUUAUACCACACCAGUAACACCAAGAAUCCAGAUAUAGGGAAAUAAAAAUCUAGGCACCUCAAUGAUGCUGAAAUCAAAGAUCAAGGUCAGUGGUCAAGCAGUUUGAGAUACAGUCCUCUCUGUCAUUCUAAUUAGUGAUCUCUUACCUUCCUUGGGCUUCACUUCCUCAUCUAUAAAACGUGGUAAUGAUUUCUGUCUCCAUAGCAAAGUUGUGAUAAAGACUGAAUGAGAUAAAUGAUGUGAGAGACAUCUGUAAAGUCAAGUGUGGGUGAGCCAAAGAUUUGCAUUAGAAUGAGGACAGCAGAACACUAAGCUAAGCAUUUGCCCUGUUUAAUAACCAGUAUUGAUUGUGUAGUUUCAGAAAUUAUGUGCAUGUUUCCCCAGUGUUCUUUGGAUACAUUGCUUGCUGUAUUUUUUUCGUGGCAUGAAAAAGCAAAAGUAAAUAUUAUAAAGUCUUUAUAACAUGCCAUAGAUGUGUCAGAAUGAAAAAUUCCUUUAUCAUGUAUUAUUUCUGUUAAUAUAGAUAUGGACUUGUUACAAUAUAAUAGUUAUACAUUGGGGUACUUAAGUAGUCAUGGUGCUGCUUGAUCCUCACAGCAAUCCUCUGAUGAGUAGUUUGCUUAGGUUAGUGUUUUGCCUAACGUCACACAAUGACCUUGAAAUCAAGGGCUUGGACUUGAAAUUGUUUGUCUCCAUUCUUUACACUAUACAUUGUUGUAUACCCAAAGGUGCUUAUUUCUUAUGGCUUGAUACUUAGAAACCUCCAGCAAUAUUUUAUACUCAUUAAUUAUUCUUGCUAAGAUAAUGAAUGCCGGCAUUCUGGAGAUAUGCUUACUAAUAAUUUAUUGAUAUCAGUGAAUUAAUCAGGAUUCUUGUGUUUAAACAAUAGGAACCUAUCUCUAACUAAGUUAGGCAAACAGAAUAAUAUAUUGACUCACAGAACUAAGAAGUACAAAAGGUAAACCUCAGAUUCAGCUGGAUCUUAAAGAUCAAGUGUUGUUUCUCCAUCUCUCAGCUCCCUUUUACUUUAGGAUGACUCCUUCUGAGGCAGACUCUUCAUGUGGUAAAAAGUGAUCUCCCAGCAGCUCCAGGCUUAUGUGCUGCUUAUUGUGCAUGAUUUAGAGUGGAGGAGGGAUCAUCUCUCAGUAGCUGUAGAGUCUCUGAAAGGGGCACUGAUUGGCCAUGUUUACAUCCCAUAAUACCCUGGGAACAAUCAAGCAAUCACCUCAGGAGCCUGGUGGGGGUGGGGAACCUGCAACCUUAAGGUGAAAUGUAGCCUUCUAGGUCCUUAAGUGCAGCCUUUUGA